AUGGAUUUAGGAAAUCCAGACAACAGCUCCCAAGAGCAGGGCCCUAACUCACUGCUGGCGUCCGCCAACUGUUGCCUGUCAAUACCUGAGUUUGAUGAGAGCGCCCUCUUUGGGCUGGAGGACAGUACAAAGCUGGUUGGCGUACAGGUUAUAUUGAUCUUAGCAUACAGUGCCAUAAUACUUCUAGGGAUGACAGGCAACUCUCUGGUCAUAUAUGUUGUGUAUAAAUUUAAAACCUUACGCACCGUCACUAACUUCUUCAUUGUAAACCUGGCGGUGGCAGACUUGCUGGUGAACACGCUGUGUUUGCCGUUCACCCUCAUGUACACUCUGCACGGAGAGUGGCGCUUCGGACAGGUCAUGUGCUACAUGCUGCCGUACGCCCAGGGCCUGGCCGUGCACGUUUCCACCAUCACGCUCAACGUCAUCGCUCUGGACCGUUACAGGAGCAUCAUCUACCACAUGGAGACCAAGAUGUCCAAAGACGUCUGUAUGGGCGUGAUCGCUCUGACGUGGGUGUUCAGCGCCGUGUUGGCCAGUCCGCUCGCCAUCUUCAGGGAGUACGGCACGUUCUCGCUGACGGCCGACCAGUCCAUCCAGGUCUGCACGGAGAAGUGGCCGGGAAGCAACGCGGACAGCACGGUCUACAGCUUGGCCAUGUUCUUCCUGCAGUACGGCCUGCCUCUGGCCAUCAUCUCCUUCGCCUACGCCCGCAUCUGGAGCAAACUCAGGAACCACGUCAGCCCGACGGGCCGCAGCGAGAGACACCGGCGACGGAAGAAGACGACGAAGAUGCUGGUGGCGGUGGUGGUCGUGUUCACCGUGAGCUGGCUGCCGUUUCACGCCUUCCAGCUGGCCAUCGACAUCGACCACAGCGUGUUGGACAUGAGAGACUUCAAACUGCUCUACACCGCCUUCCACAUCGUGGCCAUGUGCUCCACGUUCGCCAAUCCAAUCCUGUACGGCUGGAUGAACAGGAACUACAGGACCGCCUUCCUCGCCGUGUGCAAGUGCAGCCGGAGCACGAACGUGAGAAUGAGGCGGGUUCGGACCAGAGACACGGACGCUCUCAACAACAAGUCCUACGCCGUUAACAGCUUGGCCACAGCCAAUACCGAUCUGUGA